UGGUCAUCUCCUGUAGUAUGUCCACAGUCUCUGGUCAUCUCCUGUAGUAUGUCCACAGUCUCUGGUCAUCUCUUGUGCUAUGCCCGCAGUCUCCGCAGUCUCUGGUCAUCUCCUGUACUAUGCCCGCAGUCUCUGGUCAUCUUCUGUACUAUGUCUGCAGUCUCUGGUCAUCUCCUGUACUAUGUCUGCAGUCUCUGGUCAUCUCCUGUACUAUGUCCGCAGUCUCUGGUCAUCUCCUGAGGUAUGUCCACAGUCUCUGGACAUUUCCUGUACUAUGUCCGCAGUCUCUGGUCAUUUCCUGUACUAUGUCCGCAGUCUCUGGUCAUCUCCUGUACUAUGUCCGCAGUCUCAUAUCAUCUCCUGUACUAUGUCUGCAGUCUCUGGUUAUCUCCUGUAGUAUGUCCACAGUCUCUGGUCAUCUCCUGUAGUAUGUCCGCAGUCUCUGGUCAUCUCCUGUAGUACGUCCGCAUUAUCUGGUCAUUUCCUGUACUAUGUCUGCAGUCCAUUGGUUCAGAAUAUUUUUUUUUCUUGUUUUACUCCUCUAA